UUACUGCUAGUUUCCCAGCCUCAAUCAUUAAUAAAACAUCAAAGCUAUAAACUAAUGCAGAGAGCUCGUCAAAGUUAUCAACAAUAUUGUUUAUCAACAAAAACGAGUAAGAAGAGCAACAAGCAAUCUCGAUCAUUUGGAAAGUUUUGUAAUUUGUGGUGAUUUUUAAAAGAAAUUUCGACUUCGCAGCAUAAUUUGCCUUUUUAAAUAAAACUGACUACAAAAUCGGUGUAGAUAAAGAAAAUUCAAAUUCUUAACUUAAUCAAAGUAUGAAACUUAAAACUUUAGAGAGUAUACUUCAAACCCUAGAUGCAUUUGAAAGACCUAAUAUUGAAUUAGAGCAAUACACUACCAGUCCUCAUAUUACUGCAAAUUUUUUAAAUGUUGUUGGAAAUGAAAACUUAGAAAUUAAAGGAAAAUUUAUUGCCGAUCUUGGUUGUGGCUGCGGAAAUCUUGCUAUUGGAGCUUCUUUAUUUGGUGCAGGAGCUUGCAUUGGUUUUGAAGUAGAUUCAAGUGCUUUAGACAUUGCUCUGAGAAACAAAGAUGAGGUUGAAUGUGAUAAUGUUGAUUUUGUUCAAUGUGAUGUUAUGGACUUGGAAGACUCAAAAUGGAGGAAAGUGUUUGACACAGUUAUCAUGAAUCCGCCAUUUGGUACAAAAAAUAAUAAAGGAAUAGACAUGAAAUUCUUACGGACUGCUUUAUCACUGGCCAGAACUUCUGUUUACAGCUUUCAUAAAAUAGAAACUUUAGAACACAUAAAAAGAGUGGCUUCAUCUUGGAAUGUUGAUGUGACACCUUGCUAUGAAGUUAAGUUUAACAUCCCACACAGUUACAAAAGGCAUCGUCUUGUAUCAAAAGAUGUUAGUGUAGCACUUCUUAGGUUUAGUUUUGCGAAACAAAGAAAUGUAUUAUAAUGUAAUGUUACUUGUUGUUAUAUUUUAUUAAAAACUAUUUUAUUAAUUUUCA